AUGGCGGACAAGACACCGGAGCUGCUGGAUCUGACGAUCGACAACAUCACGCCCAACACGAUCCGCAUCAACUCGCAGAGCCAGAAUGCGCGCCUCAAGUACCUCAUGGAGCGGCUCGUCACGCACCUGCACGACUUUGCGCGCGAGACGAGGUUGAGCACCGACGAGUGGAUGGCGGCGCUCAACUUCCUCGUGGGGUGCGGGCAGAUUAGCAGCGACGUGCGGCAUGAAUUCAUUCUCCUCUCCGACAUUCUCGGCCUCUCCCUGCUCGUCGACAGCAUCAACCAUCCCAAGCCGUCCGACUCGACCGAGGGCUCCGUCCUGGGCCCGUUCCACACGCACGAUGCGCCAACGCUGGAGAACGGGGCCAACAUGUCGGGAGAUCCCGAGGGUGAGCCGUUGUUGGUUGUCUGCACAGUUAAGGACCGCCAGGGAAACCCGGUGUCUGGGGUCAAGAUCGACAUUUGGGAGACAGACAGCAGCGGGCACUAUGACGUGCAGCACGAGGGACGAACGGAGGCGAGCGAGCGGUGCGUCAUGGUAUCUGAUGACAAUGGGCGAUUCUGGUUCCAGGGCAUCAAGCCCGUCAGCUAUCCCAUUCCGCACGACGGACCUGUAGGAAAGCUGUUGGACCAUUUGGGCCGACACUGCUGGCGGCCUGCACACUUGCAUUUCAUGUUUGAGAAGAAGGGCUGGGAUCACUUGAUCACUGCGCUCUACAUCCGGGGUGACCCGUACGAGAAGUCGGAUGCGGUGUUUGGUGUCAAGAAGAGCCUCGUGGUGGACCUCGACAAGGUUGACAAGGCGACGGCGGAGAAGUACGGGGUCAAGGAGGGAAGCUGGCUGUUGGAGCAGGACUUUGUGCUGGUGACGCAGAAGGAGACGGAGGAGCUGAGGGACCGCAACGCGGUUGAGGCUCUGAAGAAGCUUGGGCUGACGCAUCUGAAGCUCGUGGACCAUCUCCCCGUGCCGGAGCUGGACUGA